AUGUGCCACUUUCAGGUCUCCUCACACUGCUGGUGUGUUCCAUUUUUUGUCAUAGGGUGCUGGCAGAUUACGGGCCUCCCAUAGCUGCUGCCAGGCCCCUAAUCUGCCAUGGGCCCCUAUACCGCCUCCUCAUGCUGCUGCUGCCAGGUCCAGAGUCUCUCAUGGGUCCCUGUACGGCCUCCCAUUGCUGCUGUCUCCAUCGCCACACUCUGCCAUGUGCCACUUUCAGGUCUCCUCACACUGCUGGUGGGUUCCAUUUUUUGUCAUAGGGUGCUGUAUGGCCUCCCAUUGCUGCUGCCUCCACCGCCACACUGUGGCUCCACACUCUGGUUUUGGCCCCGUGACUGCCCAAAUGAGUGAAGUGUGCGGUGAUUUCUAAGAUCGACGGCACUCAUCUGCAUGUCAUACUGACUGACAGUAUUAUUUCUCUUCCCCAGCAGACUCCAAGGGCAUUUAAAUUAAAGGUACAGUGUUCUGCACUAAUAUUA